AUGGCUGAGAGUUUGAGAGAGUUGAUCAUCGAGCGACUAACUGCUGCUGCUGCUGAAGAAGAAAUAUUUGGACUCUUUGAAAGAACUGUCGUCCAGUAUGAGGAAGAGAUUGAUCGCCAGCGCAGACUGCUGGAUAUCACCUGGAAACCUGAGAUAAAGUUACACAGAAUAUUCAUUCCACAUCAGCAUGUCUGCACAAAGGAGUCUCUCUCCAACCAGGAGAGGGACUCCAGACUGAACCAGGAGGAACCAGAACCUCCACAGAUUAAGGAAGAACAGGAGGAACCAGAACCUCAACAGAUUAAAGAAGAACAGGAGGAACCAGAACCUCCACAGAUUAAAGAAGAACAGGAGGCAGUCAUCAAGGAGAACAGCUUAUUCUGA